AUGGCAUCACCACCAUCACAAAAUGUUGUUAACUUUGAAGAAAUUGAAAGCCAAAAGGAAAACAUUCUUCCUUUAAGGGAAGGAAGAUCAGCAUCCGCACUAUCGACAGCGAUACGUCAACCAUUAACAGAAAUAAGUCAAGUCAAAUCAUGCUUUGAGCAAAGAUUGAUAAAUGAGCUUCCGACAUUAAGCGACCCAAUUACCUUGUACCUUGAAUACAUAAACUGGUUAAACAAUGCCUACCCCCAAGGUGGUAAUUCCAAACAAAGUGGAAUGCUUACUCUUUUGGAGCGAUGCUUAUCCCAUCUGAAGGGUUUAGUGAGAUACAAAAAUGAUGUUAGAUUUUUGAAAAUAUGGUUUUGGUACAUAGAGCUUUUUACCACUAAUUCUUUCAUGGAGAGUAGAGAUAUUUUCGUAUAUAUGUUAAGAAAUGGAAUUGGUUCUAAGCUAGCAUUAUUUUAUGAAGAGUUUACAAAUCUUCUACUUCAGAAACAAAAAUUUCAAUAUGCUAUGUAUAUUUUAAAACUGGGAAUAAAAAACAACGCUAAACCCAAUCUUGUUUUAGAAGAUCAGUUAAGUCAUCUGCUGAGAAAAUUGGAAGAGAAGAAUAUUCAGCUAGAGAAUGAAAUGUUAAUGGACCCCCUCGAAUCUAUAGUACUUGGAAAAACCAGAUCAGAAUUCGUUAAAAGAUUAGAGUUCGCAAACCAAAAUGAUGCAUCAAGUGACUAUAACUCAAUAAAAAACAAUGUGUUUGUGGAUGAAGAGGAACUAGAUGUAGAACUAUCUGAUAAACCUGUGGAUGGCGUUUAUAGAGAUGGAUGGGAAAACUUUGGUUUUAAGGUAGAAAGAAGCAAAGAAAAUGAUUUAAAGAUAUCAGUGCUAGAAGCAAAUACAAAUUUAGGUGAGCUUAAACAGUACCAAAUACCAUCACCGAAAGAAAAAAAGAUUGAUGAAAAGCUACCCAUCUUCAGAGAUUCUAUUGGAAGAAGUGACCCUGUUUAUCAAAUGAUCGAUACAAAAGACCAAAAACCUGAAAAGAUUGACUGCAAUUUUAAACUAAUUUAUUGCGAGGAUAACGAAUCUAAAAGUGGUAGACUAGAAUUUUCGCUAGAAGAGAUCUUGGCUAUCUCAAGAAACGUUUAUAAAAGCUUCAAGACAAACAAGAAACAUACAAGAGGAACAGAAGAAGGGCGGGAGGAAAUUGAAGAUCAAAAAGAGGCGGGAGCACAACUGAAAAGACCGAAAAUAUCUAGAAAAGCUUUAGUUUCUAAGACAUUGGUCUACUCAAACCAAGGGACCAAUUUCCCUGGUAAAGGAUAUAUUAGCUGUCCCAUGACUCCUAAGGGACAAGCCACUGAACUUCCUGAUAUUGCCUCGGUUGUUAAGCCACGGCGCUUAACACCAAUUUUGGAAAUGAGAGAAUCAUAUUCUAUUUCUCAAAGCAGAAAUUCUGAAACCAUUUCAGAUGAUGAUAAAUCGAGUUCUUCAUUUAUCUCAUACCCUCUACCACGUUCAAGUAAAGACUGA